AGACGGGAGGAAUCGAUGCCAUCGAUUGCGGAGAAAUCAUACCUCUCCCUGCGACGGCGGGAGAGAUGCAAAGUGGGUCCUGGAGGUCGUGUUGGUAAUUACGUAGCCCUCUUGAGAAUCGAAGAAUGGCAGCGACCCGGGUUAGGUUUCGGGAGAGAGAGCGCGUUCGAUUCUUGUCUUCUCCCCUUCCUUCGGAAAGGUCCGCUUUCGAUGCAGCGGCUUCCUUCGUUCUUGAUCCUUUUCUUCGUUGGGUAUAAAAAGGAAAUCCAAGAUUGACGAAUUUUGCCUAAAUUCGUGAACGAGGGAUUUCGAGGACAGACAACCUUCAAUUAGGACAUCUUUCUUUCCAAAGGACUGACUGUGUGGUUUGGGUUUGCCAAGAGAGAGAAGCCCUUGAUUCGGGUCUUCUCUCUUUCAAAGUCUCCAUGAGUGCUAGUGUGGUUUCUUGGAUGGCAUAAUACGUUCGAAUUCUUUGUUUUGGAUGCUUUGUGCUUGCUCUUUUGUGGAAGAAGAUAAAAAAUGUCAGGGGGCACGCCGGUGGGUGGUGGCUACGUGAGGCAGAGACGCAACCAAGGGUACUUCUUCAGUGGUGACGACCUCGAGAGGCAGCAGAACAGUGGGGGAUACUCCUCGACUGGCGAUGAUGAUCUUGAGGACGAUGCAUGUUCCAGGCCGCCAACCUAUUCAGUACCAACCCUUCAGAGGGCUCGGACAUGGAAAGAAGUCGUUGAGACGGUAAUUUGGCUUGUCUUUGCAGCAUUCAUCAUCUACUAUGGCGACCGACGCUCGAAUCUGAUCUCUAUCUUGUGCUGGGAUGGGAGGAUCAAGAGGACAGCUCUGUACCUGGGCCUACUAGGUGUUGCCUUGGAUUUGGGCCUUGUGUUAUAUUCUACAUUUUUCUUGUGGGGUCCACAGAAGCUUUAUGAAAAAAAUGAAGCCUUUUCUUCUAUAGCACCAUAUAUCAUCAUGUUUGGAUUCAUCUCCUUCUGCUUGUUCUCAUUUGCUUUGUGGCCUAUUUGGAGUUUUUUAUCCAUUCCUCUAUUGUUUACACUAUUCAUGGCUUUCAUGGUUGUAUCUCCGUAUUUGCUGAUUGGACCACUCAGGCUAUCAGAAUUGGCAGUUCGUGCGGACUGAUCUUUCCAAAUAAAUUAGCUGAGAACUGAUGAAAAACUGAUUUUAGAAAGGUGAUUUUCAAAUAUAUUUUGUGGAACUAAAACCAUCAUGGAACAAUUUGCCAAGCUAUGGUAGACUGAGAUUCUUGAGGAUGGCUACAAUGUCAUCCCUUGGUGAUGAGUUCAGAAUUGAUGAGGCUUGUCAUCCAUGCUGCAAUCUGUUUGAGAAAAUUGUCUACAACUUCUUCCAGCGCAUGCUUAUGAUAGAAUAGCUGGGUUCUGAUUAGCUCCUCAAGCGUUUUGAUAACAUUUGGAGGUGAAACAACAUUUGGCAUCAGCUCAGUGUAUGUGAAGGCGCCGUGGACUAAAAUUAUUUAUAGAACAUACCCAUUUGUUUUCCAUUAUUUAAUACAAAUCAGUUUUUAGAUUUUGAUGCAUGAGUCUUCUCUUUUUUGAGCCACCUUUUGUCAAUUAUUAGUCUUGGAAUUUGUUCCUUGCCUAAAUUUUAUGCUGUGGAGAACCUGUUCUUCUAACAGAUUAACCAUUGGUUGAAGAUAAGCAACAUGAGUGGUACUUUCUGUAUUUAUUUAAAGUUUUUGAAUUUUAAAUCAUGUGCUCUGUAUGACUAA